CCUCUGCUCCCGCCCCGCAUCCCUGCGGCCUCCCGGGGGUGAAGAUGAGUGCUGAAGAGAUUCGGGUGUAUGCAGUAGAACUUGGAAAAAAUUUCUGCCUCUAUUUUGAAGACGACGAUGAGCUGGAGUGUGAUGCCCUGUGCAAGGAAAAGACCCUGCACCGGGUGCUGAGGAACGUGAACAGCCAGCUGCUGGUGGUGCGCCCCGACCUCAACGUGGCGGCCUUUGAGGAUGUGACAGACCAGGAGAUGCAAUCUGGCAAGGGGAUGCAUUUCAGCAUUCACUGCUACAAAACCACCACGCCCUCGGCCGGGCUGCCCGUGGCCUUCAGCGUCCAAGUGGAAAACAAGAGUUACUACAUGUGCUGUGAGAGGGAAUGCGGGAAAAUGAUCGUCAGGUUCAAGGAAGGAGAAGUUCCCAAAGAAAUUCCUGGUGAAAGCAACAUCAUCUUUUUCAAGAAGACAUUUACAUCUUGCUGCUCCCAAGCAUUUAAGUUUGAAUACUCCAUGGAGCAAGGAAUGUUCUUGGCCUUUGAGGAAGAAGGCUACUUGAGAAAAUUAAUCCUUAAGAAACUGUCAGAAGAUGAAGUGGAUGAAACCAUGAAGAUAAGUUUAUGUAAGUUCAGUCAGAAUGAAAAUCACAACCUAUGAUGGGACACCUCAACAGUUUUAAAAUACAGUUUGUUUUUUUUAUAUAAAAUAAACUUUUGUCUUUCUUUAUCCUAAACAAGUCAGUUUUAUGUUUUAACUGCUGUCAGUACUCAUUAAAAAAAUAAAUGCAAGUUUUUGGCAAAAGGCCAAGCAUGUUUUCCAGUCAGACAGAAGAGAACUACACACUGAAGAAACAAGAAUGUCCAUAAUGUCAAUACAGUCCUGGAAAAUUUGAUCCCUAAAAUCUUUCAUGCCUAAAUUCCUAAAAUCUUUUAUGUCAACCCAACAGCUUUUGCAUUAGGUUUGGACUUCUACAUUGCCAAACCUCCCAGAUAAUGAAUUUCUCACCCAGGCAGCCUAAACACCACAUCCAGCUGCAUCCUGUGUGAGGAAAUCUCAGACAUUUUCCAUGAGAGACCCUCAGCUCGCCCACAGGGACUUCCCCAUGACUCACCAUCUGCCUGCUCCUCCUCCUGGCACUCACACGUGCUGGCAUUUAAACCAGCCCACAGCUCCAUUCUGGCCACAACACCAUCAAAAAACUGGCCAGCUACCUGCUUUUGCUAAGAAAUAAAAUUUCCAAUCCACAUGAAAAAGAAAAAAACCCUCCAAGUCUUGCAGCAUCCAAACAGUGACUUGGUUGUUCUGUUCAUUGCAGAGUCACUGAUGGUAACACAAAUUCUCUUCCUCUCACUAUUAACAGUGCCACAAAAGUGCCAUGAGAGUGUGGAGAGAGUUCUCCACUCCUUGGCAAUGUGAAAGUCAGACAGGAUGCAGCAAAAGUUAAAAACCACAAUCUCAGUUCCUCCCUAAAAAUCCCUUGAAGAACAGAACAUUUCCUCAGCCUCCUCUUCAUUGUCUUUUCUGUCACGCAGCACAACAGAGUAUUUAGAAAAUAAACCUCAAAAAAGAACAAAUAAAACCUUGAAAGUCAAAUAUUCCUAAAGUCAAUCUGCAGAAGUAUUUUUAUUCUUGCCGUGUUUUCUAAGGGACAUUAAUUAUCCUUGUGUUAAGUCAAGUCUAAGUCAUCUCUAAGUAUUAAUCCAUACAAAUAUUCUUCAUUUUAUGAAGUAAGGCAGAGCAGACCUAUCAACAGAGAAAACAUUUUAGGCAACCCAAAGCAGUAAAAAUGGUUCAGAAGCACACACAAAAUUUCUGUAAAUUCUUUAUUGCAUGGAAUCUGAAAAAAAAGUAUUCCCUUUUCUACAUCAGCUCCCAGGGUCCAAAGAGUUACAGGGUCUGCCUUACACACUGAUGUCAGAAGAAACAGUUCAGUUUUCCACAAGGCAAUUUGUUUUACAGAACAGGAAACCAACCAACAGUUA